CCACCUCACAGCGACCAAAGCGUCCGUGACCGUCUGCACUAGCAAAAGCAGUUGAAAUAGCUAUCCUCGUUAUCAUGGACCACAUCAAGACCACCGUCCCCGCCCCCACCGCCGCUCCCGUGGCUGCGCCAGCCCCCACGCAGGAGCGUGAGCGCCCGUUUCAAUGCCCUGUGCCUUCGUGCAAUGGCCGCUUCCAGCGUAAGUUCACUCUACGUGAGCACAUGAAGACCCACACGGGCGAGAAGCCGUACCAGUGCGCUAUCCGUUCGUGUGCCAAGCGCUUCAGCACCUCGGGCAACCUGGCGCGUCACCGCCGCCUUCACCUGCUCAAGAAGCUCGAGUGUCCGGUUGAGGGAUGCACGCGCAUCUUCACCAAGUCGGAGAAGCUGGCUCGCCACCUCCAGAACCACCUCGGCAGCGUGGCGCACAUCUGCGUCGUUGAAGGGUGCGGCAAGACCUUCAGCACGGCCGGCAACCUCACGCGCCACCUGCGCACGCAGCACCCGCCUGGAGCUGUGGCCGCCGCUCGCGCCGCGGCUCCGCCCCAGCUCCGCGCCCCGCUUGCCCGUCCGAGCCCGCUUUCCGUCGCUGAAUACGCUCCGUGGUCGAUGAGCACUAUCUCCACUAACGUCGCCACUACUGUAAGCGCCGCCGAGCAGAACAUCAGUGUUCCUCAGGCUGCCAACGUAUCUGACCACGAAAUCCUCGACGUCCUCCAGUGCCUGUUUGUCGACGAGAACCCUGGUGCAUCCGCCGUGCCUAUGGACUACUCCCAGGACCAGUACCGCCUCCAGAGCGACCAGCCCGUACUGCUGUACCUAUAAGUACAUGUAGUCGAGCUUUUAUCUCGACCGUACUUGUUAUCGUGAGUGAUAGAUUCAUUAGUUUAUGAACAGAGUGGAGCGUUGUAU